GUGGAAACUGAGAAAGAGAAGCGGAGGAAGAAGUCAAAAGAUGCGGAGGCAGAAAGAAAAAACAGUUGUAGAACUGACUAUCGAGUGUUGCUUGUGAGCUAGUACAGACGGUUAGUGGUAAAGCCGUAAAGCAAUGAGGUAGGAAGGAAGGAGGAUUGCGUGUCAUUUACUGAAACCAACUUGAGACUUGAGACUUGAGUACUCUCGUCUGGAGUGAGAGCGAGCAUGGCGACCACGACUCCUCGUUUACUCUUCUUCUUCUUCUGUGUGCUUAUCUCGGUCGCUGACUCCAAAUUUAUGGUCUAUAACACCUCCCAAGGGAUAGUCGCCGGUAAACUUAACGUCCACUUGGUCCCUCACACCCACGACGACGUCGGAUGGUUGAAGACCGUUGAUCAGUAUUAUGUUGGCUCCAACAAUUCCAUCCAGGGGGCUUGUGUGCAAAAUGUGUUGGACUCUUUGAUUCCUGCUCUGUUGGCUGACAAGAAUCGGAAAUUCAUCUACGUUGAAAUUGCCUUUUUCCAGCGCUGGUGGAGAGAUCAGAGUGAUGCCGUCCAGCGUAUAGUCACGGACCUUGUCAGCUCGGGUCAACUAGAAUUCAUAAAUGGGGGCAUGUGUAUGCAUGAUGAAGCAGCUACGCAUUAUGUUGACAUGAUUGAUCAGACCACUCUUGGGCAUCGCUUUAUUAAAAGGGAAUUCGAUGUGACUCCAAGAAUUGGAUGGCAAAUUGAUCCUUUUGGACAUUCGGCUGUCCAGGCCUACUUGUUGGGAGCACAAGUUGGAUUCGACUCACUUUACUUUGGUCGAAUAGAUUACCAGGACAGGGAAAAACGCAAAAAUGACAAGAGUCUUGAGUUUGUUUGGCAGGGUUCUAAGAGUCUCGGUUCAUCUGCUGAGAUUUUUUCUGGUGCUUUCCCUGAGAAUUAUGAACCUCCCUCUGGUUUCUAUUUUGAAGUUAAUGAUAAAUCCCCAAUAGUCCAGGAUGACAUCACUUUGUUUGAUUACAAUGUUCAAGAACGAGUUAAUGACUUUGUUGCUGCUGCAGUAUCACAGGCUAACAUAACUCGAACAAAUCAUAUUAUGUGGACCAUGGGAACAGACUUCAAGUAUCAGUAUGCACACACCUGGUUCCGUCAAAUGGACAAGCUCAUUCAUUAUGUCAACAAGGAUGGACGUGUUAAUGCUCUGUACUCUACUCCUUCCAUAUAUACUGAUGCAAAAUAUGCUACAAAUGAAUCUUGGCCAAUCAAGACUGGUGACUUCUUUCCUUAUGCAGAUCGCAUUAAUGCUUACUGGACAGGAUACUUCACAAGCAGACCAGCCUUGAAACACUACGUUAGAACAAUGAGUGGCUAUUAUUUGGCUGCUAGGCAACUAGAAUUUUUUAAAGGAAGGAGUACUUCAGGGCCCAAUACGGACUCAUUGGCAGAUGCCUUAGCAAUUGCUCAACAUCAUGAUGCUGUCACUGGUACAGAAAAGCAGCACGUUGCCAAUGAUUGCAAAAGAUUGUCAAUAGGAUACAUGGAGUCUGAGCAACUAGUUGCAACUUCACUUGCUCACUUGGUUGAGUCUGCAUCAUAUACUGGAUCUGGAAACCCAACUACAAAGUUUCAACAGUGUCUACUUCUGAAUAUAAGCUAUUGCCCUGCAUCAGAAGUAACUUUGUCUCAGGGGAAAAAAUUGAUUGUUGUGGUGUACAAUUCUCUUGGAUGGAAGAGGGAUGACACAGUCCGAAUUCCUGUUAUCAAUGAAGAUGUCAUUGUUCAUGAUUCUGAGGGAAAAGCAAUCGAGUCACAGCUUCUUCCUCUAGAUGAUGUCCAUCUGGGCUUAAGGAACUACUAUGUUAAGGCAUACUUGGGUCAAACUCCAACAAAGACACCAAAGUAUUGGCUUGUGUUUACAGUAUCCGUACCACCACUUGGUUUUAGCACAUACACUAUCUCGGGUGCCGAAGGGGCAGGUGCUAGCUCAACCAGAUCAUCUGUAUACACCUUUCAAAGCAGAGAAAAGUCGACUAUUGAAGUUGGUCAAGGAAAUGUGAAACUCUCUUUUUCCACAGAACAAGGCAAAAUGACUAAUUAUGUCAAUAGCAGAAGCUUGGUGGAAGAAUCGGUUCAGCAGUCUUACAGCUUUUAUAAUGGGUAUAAUGGCAGUAAUGAUAAGGCUCCACUGAUUCCUCAGAAUUCUGGGGCAUAUGUUUUCCGGCCUAAUGGAACAUUUCUCAUAACACCCGAAGAAAAGGCUUCUUUGACUGUUAUACGUGGACCAGUAAUAGAUGAAGUACAUCAACAGAUUAAUUCGUGGAUACAUCAGAUCACUAGACUUCACAAGGAAAAGGAGCAUGUUGAAGUUGAGUUUAUUGUUGGCCCUAUACCUACUGAUGAUGGAAUUGGAAAAGAAGUUGUAACUCAAUUAGACACUGCCAUGGCUACCAACAAAACGUUCUACACUGAUUCUAAUGGGCGUGAUUUUAUCAAAAGGAUUCGCGACUAUAGAACAGAUUGGGACUUCAAAGUGAACCAACCUGUUGCUGGAAAUUAUUACCCAAUUAAUCUUGGGAUUUACAUGCAAGAUAAUAGGACAGAAUUUUCAGUUUUGGUGGAUCGGUCACUAGGGGGAUCCAGCACAGUGGAUGGUCAGAUAGAGCUGAUGCUUCACAGGAGACUACUACUUGAUGACUCAAGAGGUGUUGCCGAGGCUCUAAAUGAAACUGUCUGUGUUUCCGAUGAAUGCACAGGACUAAGAGUCCUAGGGAAAUUUUACUUCAGAAUUGACCCCUUGGGAGAUGGUGCUAAGUGGCGUCGUUCUUUUGGCCAGGAGAUAUAUUCACCUCUUCUCCUAGCCUUUGCUGAACAGGAUGGAGAUAACUGGAAGAAUUCUCAUGCAACCACUUUUUCUGGGAUUGAUUCCUCGUAUAGUUUACCUGAUAAUGUUGCUCUUAUAACUCUUCAGGAGCUUGAUGAUGGAAAAAUUCUCAUUCGCUUAGCACAUUUAUACGAGGUUGGAGAGGACAAGGAUUUUUCUGUAAUGGCAAAUGUGGAGCUGAAGAAGCUUUUCCCCAGGAAGAAGAUUGGCAAAGCAACAGAAAUGAACUUAUCAGCUAAUCAAGAAAGGACUGAAAUGGAGAGAAAGAGACUGGUAUGGAAAAAGGAAGGGGGCUCGUCAGGAACGGAAAAGGGUGUGAGGGGUGGACCUGUUGAUCCUGCAAAACUAGUUGUGGAACUUGCCCCAAUGGAAAUCCGCACCUUCCUCAUUGACUUGGAGCAGAAGUUCUUCCACCGCCGCCAUCAUCAUCAUGAUGUAUCUGAUGUAUAAUAGCUGGAAAAUGAUGUAGCAGUAGUUGAGACUUAAUUGAGAGGCAUUGUGCUCUCAGGCCUAGUAAUUCGUCUCGAGCUUCCAAUUUGGUGUCGCAUCAUGUCAUAUAGGCUAUAGCAAUACCAGGUUGAUCGCUGUAAUUCCAUCGACUGCUAUCCAUUGGACAUCAACCGGAUUUGGUCGUGUAAUUGUGCAUGUUAUUUCAUGGAGCCAUAUUGUGAUUUGUGAAUAUCUUCCAAGACGUUUACGUGAUUUUUACCUUGUGCUAA